CAGACUGUGUGUUUCUCCUCUCGUGGAGUGUUGAGCUGAGACCAAGAUUCUGAAGAGAAUACUUCUAACCUACAAGAGAGAUGCUAUCAAUAAUCGAAGUAAGUCGUCUCGUUUUUGUUAGGGAAAAAUAUUAAAUUAUGGGUCGAAUAACCGAAAAUAAACUGCAAAUGAAUUACAGUACUUCAGUUUGUGUUUCACCUAGGUCGAAAGGUUUACAGUGCAGUACUCCGCCUUGGCGUGUGUGGCUGUGCCCUACUGUGGUUGAAAAUGCUUUUUGCUUUGCAUCGGUAUGAAACCGUUUAUGAAACGGUUCCGUCAACAAGACGCGGCAGUUCAGUGAACAGUCAACAUCUCGGCAACUUGAUACUGUUGUCCUGGUUGGUCUUAAUAAUUAAUGCAUUAUCCGACAAUGCUUAUGUAUUUCCGAAACUAUUUAAAUGUUAAGUACUUUUGGACCCAGCAACACCUAAGGAUCGCAUUAUUUCAGUUUCGCUAUAUAUUCAUGAAAGCGUUCGUUUCAAAGAUCGAAACUACUUUUUUAUGGUUCAUUGGCCCUCGAGACUACAUAUUCGCUCUUAGAGGAAAUUAAUUUGAUCCACUAUUGUGUCAAUAAAAGGGUACUGGUAAAUGGUUUUUCGGCUGUGGUUUAUUCCGCAUUGUUGAACGUUCACAUCUUCUAGACUUUGCCAAAGCGUUCUGUGAUCAUUUGAUAUCACCCUCCUGUUAUCUAUUAAUGACUAAGCCACAGACAGAGGGCGUAGAAAUUUAAUCGAUGUAUUUUCGGAGAAACUACCGCUGUGCAAACGUGGUGUUUGAACCAUUAUCUUGAGGGAUCUUUGCGCUCGCACAAUGUCCAUCCCAAUAUAUAAUAGGAAUCCUGUUGAAAACCUCUAGAGAAUCUGUACUUUCUUCCUAGUUAUAACUCUACGGUAGCCUUUCUGCCAGAAAAGUUACGUCCUCUUAAUAAUGUUGCCGUUUGCAUUUAAUGCCAUUCCACCAGCCAAAGCGGCUUUAAUCUGAAAAGGUACAUCCCCGCAUGCGAAUUACAGGUUAUUUCAGAUUUUCAAUAACCCCAAAUGCUGGAGAACACGUUUUUUUUAAUGUAUCAAAUACAAUCUUUAGAUCAGAAUCUAAAUAAAGAUUGGCAGGUACCGGGACUGCACACACUUUCGUUUCCACGAUUUUUAUUCUUACAUCAAUCAAUCGCUCUUCUUACGGUGUUUCGGAGUCACCAAACCAGUUAAUCGUUACGGUCCCACCUUUCUUGCUAUUUUACAACAUCGGAUCAUUCAACCCAUUAUUAAGUGACAACAUCCUCCGGGGCGUUGCAUUACAGAACUAACCUUUCCGCAAUUGCGGCUCGAAUGACAACGAGCCGGAAGUUUCCGGCAAAUUUGCAUAUCCAACGUCUCCGAUCGCAUGCGGCGGGAAGUUAAUAUAAGAGGGCAGUGAGCGAGUUAAUCUGGAAUUCGAGAAAAAAGCGCACACAGACCAGCCUAAAAAAAAUUAAAGGCAAUUUUAAUUUCACGAAGUUCACCUCAAGAGUUUUCAAUAUAUUCGUCGACAUGGAACAGGAAUACGAUAGUGCCGAGACUCUGCAUUAUUCCGUGGGAAUUCUAAGUAUAUGUGCAGGUGCGCUAUUACUGGUCGUGAACUACUACUCCACGCUGCUGCCAAUCCCCAGUACGGCUCUGGGCAUCUUACUGCUUAUCGUAGCGGCUAUCCUAUGCUAUACUGGUAUAAGGAAGUGGUCAAGUCAAGCUACACUAUUUGUGAAUCUGUGUCUGACAGUGUCAGCAUUAUGGUGUGGAUCUGGCCUGGUCUACAUCUUAAUUGGAGAGAAGGUAGUUCAGGCUGAUGAGAUCAGAAAUGCUCUGGUCCCUGGCUAUGCAGCUUUCGUCUUGGCACUCUUCAUCAUUGGGGUGGUGGGGCUAAUCCAAAAGGAAUUGAUCCCAACUGUGAUUGCUUUUGCUAUUUCUCUUGCUACUGCCCAUGAGAUAGCUGCACUAUAUAAUCAAUCUUUUGGUCAUUCUGCAGUGGCUUCAAAUUAUUUGAUAGUGUCCUUUGUAGGAAUUUAUUUUGAAUUAGGUCGUACCUCUUACUUCUUAAGUAAAGGAAAAAUAACUCUCCCAGGGACUGGUCUGUCCAAGAAUAAUUCCCAACUGCAAUCUUCAUCUACCAGCCUCUUUAAAAAUGACACAAUAGUUCUGGGGUACAUUGCUAAUAUGCUAUCUGCCAGUGUGUUAGGAUGCCGUGUUUUGGGUGUAACCUCCACUCUGUUUAUUGGUCAGGUUCCCUGGCUGUGGACAGCAGGGGUCUAUCAAAUUAUUGUUUGCAUUUUGUCAUACAGGGCUUUUGACACCUUGAAUGCCACAUUCUUCGGCUUUACCUCCAUUUUAAAGUUUGCAGAGGGUUAUGCUUUGCUUUAUAGUCUCUGGCAAAAUAGUCAACCCUUCUUCCCAGUUCCAGUCCCUAUUGUUCUUGCUGUCCUAUUUUUCAUUCUGGCUCUAUUUAUGACUAGUAAAAGCCUUGUUGAUGCAAUGUAUUUGUUGUUUUACGUUGCCUUUUGCAUAGCUGUGGCAGCGCGGCCCAAUGGAUUUUUCAAUGGUGGAGCACAAGGGGUCGGUGUGGCUAUAUUUGUAGCAUCUGCUUGCUUAACAUUCCUUUACCUUUUCAAUGCCACGAGUAACUUCCCUAUUCCCACUGGAGAAGGAGUUGUGAAGGCUUUAUUCAGCAGGAUAAAUGCUCUAUCUCUGAAAGCAGAUAAAGACUCCCAUAGCCCAUACUUGGGGUACUCCAGAUAUUCAGAUGCUGAGGUCCUAGCCCUUGCCUGCAAUGUUCUGGCUUCUUUUGCCAUUUCUGUAUCAGUCAAUCCUUCUGCACCUUUAGCCACAGUUGUCCUGCCUUGGAUAGUUAUUCCUGGGGGUGUCCUACAGAUUCUAUGUGGCUCAAUCUCUUUUUCUCGGGGUAAAACCCUAGAAAGCUGUGCUUUUAUCCAGUAUGGUUUAAUAUGGAUAAUCUGGGGUUUGACUAGAUAUGCUGGUCUCUAUGGUUCUACUAGAGGGUUUGGUGUUGCUAUAGGAAUUAUUUGCUUCAUGCUCUUUAAUGGCUUUGUGGUGAUAGGGGCUUGCUUUCUUAAUGCAGCCUGGUUUGCCUUCUCACUCAGCUUUCAGUUAAUUCUAAUCAGCUUCCUUUUGGAUGCUGUUAAUGCAAUUCCUUUUGGAUAUGAUAUUGGAGUCACCAUCAUUUUUGGUUUAGUUAGUUUUUACUGUUUUCUGGCCACCCUCUUUAACCAAAGCUUUGAGAGCCCCCAGUUACCCUUGGGAUGGGCCUGGGCAAACCUGUGUGGAUUUGGGCAGAGCAAAUCCGUAUGCCCUCAUUUGCCUUCAAGAAAAACUACCUCAGUCAGAAAAAUUGCAGAAAUUAUGAAAGAUGGAGGAAUAUGCGGUAUUCCAACAGACACUGUGUAUGUGUUGGUGGCAGCUUGCAAUCGUCCUGAUGCUGUUGAGAAAGCUUACAACACCAAAAAACAGGCCAAAGAAAGACCAAUGUCUCUGUGGAUCUCUAGCUUAUCGCAAUUGGAACCUGUUAAACAUCUGUUAAACCCUCUCUUGUGGGAUCUCAUGCAGACAGUUUGGCCAUCAUCUAUCAGUCUUGUCAUCCCGAGGGGUGAAUGGUUGAAACCAUUUGGAUUGAAACAUGCAGCUAAAUAUAUCGGGACUCCUCAGAGCAUUGCCAUUAGGAUUCCAGAUUGUGCUGUUACAACACAUCUCAUUGACCAGGUGGGUCCUAUAGCAGUGACAUCAGCAAAUCCAACAGGGGAAGCAGACACCACUCACCACAAUCAGGUCUAUGCCAAACUUGGCAACAAGGUUGAUGGUGUAUUGUGUGAUGGGCCUUCACCUGAGAAUAUUGCCUCUACUGUUGUGGACUGUACCAAUAUAGAGAAGGGUACACUUGGUUUCUUUAGAAUUGGCAUUGUGCCCAAAUCAGAGAUCCUGCAGCUGUUUGAAGAAGUGCAGAAGAAACAUCGAAAAGGCCAUUCUAAUGAUGGAUUUAUUGAGGAUUUUUCAAAACUUAAUGCAGUUCAACAGCCACAGGACCCAAAUACCUUUGACAACGCAGCCUUUACAAAUGAGAUGGAAGAAACUGAGAAGUUGUAAUGUACAAGUAUCACUGAAAUAACCUGCAAACUAUUCAGUAAAAUUUGUAAACAACUACAAGCACAGGAGACGAUGCCUCAGGGAUACAAGAGAUUCUGCAGAUGCUGGAAAUCUUGAACAACACACACAAAAUGCUGGAGGAAUUCAGCAAGCCAGGCAGCAUCUAUGGAGGGGAAUAAAUCAGUCGAUGGUUUGGGCUAAGACCCUUCAUCAUUUCCCUCAACAUUUUGUGUGCUUUGCUCAUGAUAUGUCAGGGAAUGCUGACAGCCCUGCAGAUUGUCCCCAGCAUCUUCUGAAUUAUGUCAAAUUUCCAUGGUCUGCACAUUUCUCCAAUAUUUUAUUAUGGUAAUUCAGGGAUAAUCAUAACUAUGUUAUCAAAUUUGUGGCAAGAACAGGUUUGACCAACCUUAAAGGGAGCAAUAAGUUAUUUUGUAAGGACAUGUUGUGGCCUUCACAAAGAAGAGAAAAUGAUCAAACCUACAUUUGAACAAUCUACCAUAAACCAAAUGGUUUGUGAAUGAACUUUGGUAAAUUGAGAGGACGGAAAUCAAUAGAAUCACAGAAAGGUUACAGCAAAGGAGGAGGCCAUUUAAGCCACUGUGUUCCUGCUGUUUCACCAGCCAGCCUGUUCUCUGCAGAUUUACAAACUUUCCUUCACCACACAUUUAUAUUUAUCCAAUUCUUUUUGAGACCACAAUGGAACCUGCUUCCACCACAUCCACAACUGUGUAUUUCAGAUUUUAACUGUGUUAAAAAAAAUCCUAAUGUUGUUAUUAAUUCUCUUCCAAUUAAUUUAUAUCUGCAACCUCCAAACUUUGAUUCCUUCAUCAUUAAGAGUAGCUUUCAUUCUGUACUGGCCUUCUAUCAUUUCGUGUACUUCCAGCAGGAUUCUCUCAACCUUGGCUUAAAGGAAAACGAUCCUGACCUUUCACAUCUCUCCUCUUAACUGAAUUCUUUCAUCACAAAAGCUGUUACCCCUUAAAUAUUUUUUGGACCUUAUCUAAUCCCUUUACAUGUUUCCUAUAAUGAUUUGAUGAGAAUUGAACAGAAUAUUCCAGUUCAGGUUACUCCAAUCAAAGUUUAGCAUAAAUUCCUUAUUUAUACUCUUAACUUCAUUCAUAAAGCCCAGAAUUGCAGAUGCCUUAUUAAUUAUUUAUUAGUCUACUCGUCACUUUCAAUGAUUUGUGCACCCGUAGUCCCAGGUUCCCCUGUUCCCACACUCCUUCAGAAGGAAUAUCCUUUAUUAAAUAUGGCCAGUCUCUAUUACUCCUACCAAAAUGCAUCACCUCAUUUUCCUCUCCUGUGUCUACCCAUUCUUCAGCCAGUUUACAUCUUGUUACAAUUUAUCACUAUCUAUUUGUUUCAACUUUAACAAGUUUAAUGUCACAUAAAAUAUUACAAAUUGAGGAUUACCCGCCCUCCAACUCCAGGUCUAGUUCAAUAUCAAAAAAAAGCAAAGGAGCCAGCAUUUGUUCCAUGGAGGAUACCUCCAUUUACCUUUACCUUCCUCCACUAUGAGAUUAACGUAUACCAUGACACUGUUUGGAAUUUACCCAAUGUCAUAUCCAAGGUACCAGUGUCCCUUUAAGGCCAAAUCAGGAUUCUUGCAUCCCUCCCCCCUCCCAUUUAUCCUGUAUGGUUGGUUCUGUUAGUCCUGUACUUGCUCCUUUUGAACAGGGGAGUAAUACUUGCCACUCUUCAAUCCUCUGGUAGCAUCUCAUAUGCAAAGUGCAUUAUGGUUAUAAUAUCUUUAUAACAUGGUUAUUAUGGUCUUUAUAAUCAUAAUAUAGUUAUAAUGAUUAGAGUAAUUGCUCCUGAUAUUUUGAUAGCUCUGAUAUUUUGAUCACUAUCUCCAAAGUGCUUCUGAACUGAAACUUGGUGCACUUAAACUACCUCAUUCCCAAGAAGCAGAUCUAACAACUCCUCAUCCCUUAUAUUAGAGAAAUACUGUGCUGUGCAGAUUAGAAGCUAGAUAAUUAAAGUCUUUCCCUUUUAUUACCAAAUGGCUUUGCCAUUUCUCCACAAUCUCCCUACAUAUUUGCCCUUCCACAUCAUUCCCUCUCACUGGAGGAGGAAUUAUACACAAAAAGACACAAACAAAAUGGAGAGUAAUUUGAUCGCCUGCUUUUUGGAAUUUAACUACUUGAAUUCUUCUCUGAAUUCCUGUAGCCUUGCUAUCUGCAAGAAUUAUUAAACUGGAUCACCCCAAAAGAUUUGAGGAAUAUUUGUGUUCAUAUCAUUAAUGCAGUAACAACUUCUCAUCAAAUGGUGAUAAAACCAGAACAUUUCCUAUCAAAGUAUCUUAGCAUAAAAAUCAUUAUAUCCCAAAACAGGACAGAGGCUGAAGACUAAUACUAUGAUUUCAAUAGAAAGGGCCUGUUUCAAACAGAGAAUAUUAAGGCAGUGAUGGUACAAACAAAAUUGUGUGUCUGUCUGUCUGCCUCUGUGUGUGUUUGUGGUGAGGGAAGGCGUGGGGAAUAGGAUCUUGCAUCACUGAAAUUGUCACAAGUGUAAUUUUCAAAUUGAUAACAGGUUUCAAGUCAAAUUUCUGUGAUUGUAAGGCACUGAUAACAGGAUUGAACACCUGCACACUUGGGGACCGAAACCUCCAAUUGAUCUCUGAGUUUAAAUCAUUAUGAAUCAGAUGUGAUGGUCACUGUUUUUCCAUUUAUUCAUUUACAGAUGAAGUUCUCAAAAUAUGUUAUUUGUCAAUGGGUGGGAUCAUGUAUUUUCUAUUUCAGAUGGGAGUAGAUGAGCUGAAUGAAAAAUCCAUUAUUAUUCUGAAUCCACUGAUAUAAGUGUAGAAAUCAAAUUGACUUUUGAAGAAUAAAAGGUAGUUGCACUUUAUAUGGU